GAUCAUGUGACACUGAAGACUGGAGUAAUGAUGCUGAAAAUUUAGCUUUGAUCACAGGAAUAAAUUGCAAAAGCAGUUAUUUUAAAUAUUAAAAUAUUUCACCAUAUUAUUGCUUUUGCUGUAGCUACUUUGGAUCAAAUAAAUGCAAUAUUAAUGCAAAAGGCUUGGUAAACAGAGUUCUUUAAAAAACAUAAAAAGAUCUUACUGUUCAAAAACUUUUGACUGGCAAUGUACAUUUUCUCUAGUUAUAACACACAACAAUGUUCAAAAGUUUUAAACGUUGUUAAAAAAAAAUACAUUAAAAAUCUGGUAGCGUACAUCACAUAAAACUGUAAGGUUACACUGAUACUGAACUUAUUUUACUAGAAAUGUAGUCACUGAAAGAGUUCUUGAUGACUAUUAAUAAAUACUACUACUACUACUAAAAAUGCAACAUUGCAUGCAAUGGAGGCUUGCAUUUAUUUAUAUAACAUUGCAAUACCCAGAUACUUCUCCAUCUACUUCUCACUCAAUUUUUAAAUACGUAUUAGUUUUCAUAACAACACACAUAUCUAUAAUGCACACCAGAAACAGAAAACAGAAGUUAGAUUACAGAAGUGGCUUAUUAUUAGCAUAAUUUCGAUAUCACCGCCAUGUUCGCUGAUUGGCUCUCAGCUUCGCCUCUGCUGUGUCAUGGUGAGGUGUCAGCGAUUUAACUAGUGUAUCCUUUCACCUGAAUGAAUUGCGAAGAAACGGACAGGUAGCAGUUUGAGAACCUGAGAGCUUUGUCGAGACAGGUAAACAGCAGUAGAACUUGAUUGACCAGACGUUCUUUGCUGUAUAAAGCUGAUAAAAACCAACAAUGGAAACAAAGCAGUGUGAUGAGAUCACUGAGAUGGUGUGUUUAGAGUCGGAUUUGCAGGAUGGACAAAUGAAAGAGGUUGUGGUGGACGAGAGUAAAAUCCUGCUGGUGCGCAAUAAUGGAGAAUUUACUGCCGUGGGUGGUCUUUGCAGUCAUUAUGGCGUCCCGCUUAUCAAAGGUGCGUUGGUUGGAGAUCGAGUUCGUUGCCCGUUUCAUGGGGCAUGUUUCAAUACCAAAACUGGAGAUAUUGAAGAAUUUCCUGGACUGGAUUGUCUGCCUACAUACAAAGUCAAAGUUGAUGAUGGUAAAGUUUACGUGACCACUGAUAAAAAGAAACUGAAGAAGCGUGUUAAGAAAAUGAGCAGUAGAGUGCCUGGCGUCAAUCACACGGUUGUUCUGAUCGGAGGAGGUCCAGCUUCACUGCAGUGUGCAGAAACACUUCGUCAGAAUGACUAUGGAGGGAGAAUUAUAAUAGUUACCAAAGAUGAGCAACUGCCUCUGGAUAAAACCAAGCUUAGCAAGGCAAUGAAUAUUGAAAUUGAAAAGGUUCUACUACGACAAAGCGAUUUCCUUCAAGAGCAUGGAAUUGAAGUGUGGACUAAAAAAGAGGUAAAGUCUGUUAACACACAGGCCAAAACCGUGACUUUCAAGGAUGGCACAAGCCAACACUAUGACCAGCUUCUGAUUUCUACGGGUGGCAGAGCCAGACCUUUGCAGUGUCCUGGUGCUGAGCUUGAAAAUAUAAAAUUUCUGGAGAGCUAUAAGGACGCUACAGAAAUUUAUCAAAAGAGUGUUGGCAACAAGGCCGUCGUUGUUGGAACUUCAUUCAUAGGAAUGGAGGUAGCAGCUUAUCUGUCUGACAAGGCAGCCAGCGUCACGAUUAUUGGCAGCAGUAAGUUUCCUUUCCAGUCAUCGCUGGGUCCAGAAAUAGGAAAAAUGACAAUGCAGAUGCUGGAAGAGAAAAACGUGAAGUUUUAUACAAGUAACGGUGUGGCUGAAAUCCGGGGUAAAAGCGGAAAGGUUAAGGAAGUUGUUCUGAAAAAUGGUGAAGUCCUUCCAGCGGAUAUUGUAAUUGUGGGCAUUGGUGUCAUUCCCAACUCUGAUUUCCUUAAGGAAACAUCUGUGGAAAUUGAUUCACGCAAAGCUGUUGUUGUUGACAAGUUCAUGAAAACCAACAUUCCUGAUAUCUUUGCUGCUGGAGAUGUGGUGUCCUUUCCACUUCCUUUGGUUGGCCAUAAGAGAGUCAAUAUUGGACACUGGCAAUUGGCGCAAGCUCACGGAAGAAUCGCAGGCUUAAGCAUGCUGAAUCAACAGGUUGCGAUAAAUACUGUGCCUUACUUCUGGACAAUGCUGUUGGGAAAGGGUAUCCGAUAUGCAGGCUAUGGAGAAGGAUACACUGAGAUUGUUGUCAAAGGAAACACAGAGGAAAGAAAAAUCUUGGCAUUUUAUAUAAAAGAUGAGGAGGUUGUUGCAGCUGCCAGCAUGAACUUUGACCCUGCUGUCGCAAGGUUGGCGGAAAUGUUAUCGUUUGGGAACAGGAUCACUAAGGCUCAGGCACAAUCUGAUGACCUCAGCUGGUUGCAGCUCCCAUGAAAGUGCUUUGGCAACAAUUACCUCCAUGACUGUUUGAUCAUAGAUUGUUCAUCUGUCAUUAUAUUUGACUGACUGACCUAUAGCUUAUCUUCAGUAACAAAGACCGAUUGGUACUGUGUAGCUUUUUCCACAUAAAUGUUGUAUUUUUUCCUGGAAGAAAUAAACAGUUGUCAUGCAGUUAUUCUAAGAAA